UUGAGGUGUUAGCACGUCUUUAGGAAUGGAUCUAUCCAAGUACUUGGCUAUUGUUAUUGUGCUAUUUGUCGACAGUGGCGAAACUGGCGGUCAUGGAGGAAAGCACCAUGACCAUGUCAAACUCCAUAUGCCAGAGUUUAUUCAUCACGAUCAUCAUACAAAAGUGAUUACAAUCCACCAUCACCAUCACAAACCGAAGAAAGAACAUCAUCAUCAUCACCAUCAUCAUCACCAACCGAAGCCGCACAUCCCCCAUCAUCAUUAUAAUCACCAUCAUCAUAAAACAACUCUUAAAACAACUACAGUAUCGAAAGGUCACAAGCAAGCUGGUCACGGUCAUUCCGGUCACCAUGGUCACCACAGCCAUCAUGGUGGUAGCCACGGUAGCCACGGUGGUCACUAUGGUCAUCAUGGGUCAUCACAUCAUGAUACGCCAUCAUUUAAUCACAACAUACCAUCGGUUAGUCACGACCCAGGUCACGUUUCAUUUGAAGAUGAUUUUAAAUCUUUUACUCCAUCAAUACCAGUUAACAUUCCCAAUAAUCCACACGUUCAUGGAGUUGUACAUACAGUUAAACAAGUCAAAGUGUUCGAUUCGUUACCCGGGUCGAUAAAAAGUAACUCAGGUUCUGGAUCCAAUGGUUACGAAGUAACUGAAGAAGGUGAAGAGGGUGAUGAAGAUGCGUUUACUUCUAUUAAUACAAUUCCUCAAACAUACCAAGGUACAUACGGUUUUGUAAGAAAUGCUGCACAAGCCGAAAAUUACCCUGGAGUAGCACUUCAAAGUGCUGUGCAAUUGAAUCACGAUCCAUUCUCAGCGGCGCCUGGACCGAGUGCGUUUUCUGGAUUAGAGAACUUCUCCAGUGAUGGUCAAGAUUCAUUCCCGAGUUCGUUUGCUAAUCAGGGUACCAAUGGGCACACUCUACCUGAAUUCUCAGGACAGACUGAGCAGAUAUCUGGUUUUGAUGAUCCCGAAAAUAGUUUCGUUGGUAAUGACAUAAGUGGUACUUCGUUACUUUCUGCAGAAGCCAAUGAUGAUAUACCGGUGACUUAUUCAAGAGAGGCGGGCAUACAACAAUCAGUUAAAACGGGAGGUCUCCAAACUGUUGUAUACUAAUACCUAUCUU